ACAUAUGUUUUUAAAUAACGCGCUUUGUGCUGUGAAGCCAAAAUACGAUCUGGCGGCUCAUGCAAUCCAAACAAUAAUCGCACUAAACAACAUGGCCGCGUCGUGUGCGUGAGUUUCCAGCCAACAUGACAUCACCGACGAAGUCCAUCGAGGUGAAGCUGGAAUUGGGUCAUCGGGCCGUGCUGCGUGCGCGUCCGACGGCCGAGGGUUUCACCCACGACUGGACCGUGUUCGUGCGUGGACCCGAGGGCUGCAACAUCCAGCACUUCGUCGACAAGGUCGUCUUCAUCUUGCACGAAAGUUUUCCCAAGCCCAAGCGAGUGCUGAAGGAGCCACCUUACCAAGUGUCUGAGAGUGGCUAUGCGGGCUUCAACAUGCCCGUGGAAGUGUACUUCCGCACCCGGGAGGACCCCAAGAAAGUCAAAUUUGUGUACGACCUGUACCUUUCCAUGGAUGGCACUCCAAUCUCCAACAUACGGUGUGAGAAGCUCACUUUCCACAACCCACCUGAUGACUUCUGCCAUAAGCUACUCAAGGCAGGAGGGACUGAGGCUAACCGUGCCGGCUCAAACACAUCACCUGCACCUCCUGGCAGCCCUUCACGCAGCAGUGCCCCACCACCCCGGUCCAGAAGUGAAGGCCACAAGAAACCACGCAUGGCAAGCGACAUGGUCAAAAGCCCUCCUGUGGAGCAGCCACCACCACCACCCCUACCACCACCACCACCACCACCACCAUCAUCAUCUUCACCUCCUCCACCAAUGCCUCAUAACCCCAUGGCUGACCUGUUCAGCACACCGGCUGCUAAGAAGGAAAUGCCACCUGAAAAGUCAUCCAAAGGAAAGGAGCAGAAGAUCAGCCAGUCUAAGUCCAAGUCAAGCAAAAGUCACAGCAGCAGUGGUACCAGUGGCACAAGUUCACAUAAGUUGUCAUCUUCAUCUGGCAGCAAAGAACACAAAAGCAGCUCCAGGGAUAAAGAACGGCAUAAAGACCUGUCACGAGAGAAAAACAAAGAGCGGGAUAAAUCGCGUGACCCAAAACUUUCCUCAACAACAGAGGCUGAUGCCAAGGCAACAGAGCAGAAGCCACCAGAACACAAGGCUGAGCACAAGAGUGAACACAAGAGUGAGCACAAGGGUGAGCACAAAUUUGAACACAAGACUGAGCGUAAGGCUGAACAUAAGGCUGAACACAAGGCAGCUGAGCACAAGGUUGAACACAAAAGUGACCACAAGGUUGAACACAAGGCAGCUGAACACAAAGUUGAACACAAAGGUGACCACAAGUUCGAAGACAAAGCCGAGCACAAGGCUGAACACAAGGCACCUGAACCAAAAGUUCCAGAACCAAAACAAGUGGAAGCAAAAGUUCCUGAACCUAAAUUAUCCGAGAGCAAGGGGCCAUCUGAAGUGGAUUCAAGGCGAGCAGAGAAGUCAUCCCAGAAGCAUAGGGAUAAGACGAAGGACAAAAGCUCCAAGGAGCGUUCUUCAAAAGAGCACAGUUCUCAAAAGGAGCCCGCUCACAAGACAUCUGCACUACCACCACCUGCACCUGCUGAACCCAGUUCCUCGAAAAGCUCAAAGAAUGUUUCUGCACCACGCCGUCCACCAUCGCCACCUCCUCCCAAGAAGCCACGACUUCAAGAACCAGAGCGAAAGAAAAAGGACUCUUCCAAGUCACACCGGCCAAAAGAUUCGCCCAAAAAGCCACCCGAGCACAUGGAUCGGAAGCCACCAGAGCCACCUGAAAAACUGCCAUCACCAUUGCUACCGUUGCCUGCUUCACCACCUCCCGCCCUACCACCUCGAGAUCCAAGCCCAGUACCCACAACGAACCAACCUGCAGCAGCUGCACCAGCACCUGUACCUGCACCAGCACCAGCGCCUGCGCCUACACCUGCUCCCAUCUCUGAGGAAUCAAAUAGCCCUAAGGUAGCGGCAGCCCCUGCAAGGGGUCCACUUAAUGCUCUCAUGCUCGAAAUGGAGCAGGAAGACCUCCUAUCACCACUGUCUAGCCCAUCAGCAUCACCAACACCAGCACGAGAAGUCGCUGCUCCUGUUGCAAAAGCACUGCCUCCACCACCACCAUCCACAACCGACCAUCUUCAGGAGCUUCGUGAGCUCAAGAAACGAAUCCUCACCUUAGAGGAUCCGCGUCGGCUGCAAGCAGUGGUGGACCUUGUAGAGGGCACAGGCCUAUACAAGAUGACCGAAGAAUCCUUUGACUUUGACCUGUGCGCGCUGGACAAAAUGACUUUGGAGAGGCUACAGGCUUGCCUUAACGGCAGGUGAAAUAUUCCUUGUUAUUUGGUGACGCAGUGUGGUCAUGGAUCUCCUCUCAUCACCAAAGAGCACGCUCUUCCUGCCCCAUAUCAUGGAUCUCGCUUCUCAGCCACGCAGGCGUGGUGACACACAGUGGGUGGGGGGUUUCCCAUGGGAGUAUGUGCAAUGUUCCGGUUGUGGAUGUGCAGCUCUUGUACCUGUUGAAAUUGUGUGGCAGCAUUCAUCCAUUGGCAGUGGGGUUCAUCAUUUGCAAAACUGAAAAAAGUAUUGAGUUGCUAAAGCUGGAGGUUCAGUGACAGUUUUGUUUGUCGGUAUUUUCAGUGAUUCCUGCAAAAUUUGCUGCACAAAGGCCAUGGAAAAGGUCAUCUUUGAAAAUUGAAUUUUCCUAAGAGCUCCCACUUAGCAAGAGCAGUAAUGAUAAAUGCAGCUCCACUCAGACGCAGCCCAAAUUAAUCAAUGUCAGUGUGGUAUAUGAAGAUAUUGUCAUUUGUAGCUUUUUCUAAGUGUAAAGAAGAGCUUGGCGAGCACAUUGUUUUGACCGGUGCUGAAGCAGGAUAUUUUGUGUAUGGAAUCUUCUUUCAUGUGUAUUGCCACUCUUCUCUCACUGUGUGCUAGUUGGGAAGAAUGCAAUGUCUUGACUCUCCAUCAUCAUCAUCACACUUCCACUGUUCUCGUUUCCAAUAGGUUACAUUUGUCACUGGCUCUCUUCAUGCCUUUUUCCUUAUCACUUGUCUCUCUUCCUGGUUCACCUCUUGGGGCUACCUGGUCCCUCACUCAGACUUGUACAUGUGAAGUUUUAAUUUUUUAUCAUUUUGGUCAUCUUUCACUCAUCUGUUUCCAGUAUGACUUUAAGUGCUCCAAUGAAAAAUGCUACAGAGUGAUGUUUAUAUAAAGUUGAUGUGCUUUCAUGCCCAUUCCUAAGUUACUGUAAAUAAAUAUGGCAUGUUGUUGUCUUAA